AUGUUACCAAAAGUAUUUGAAAAGGGAUCUCGACUCUUAAAAGUUGACACCGAAACACCUAUAACUAGUGAUUAUAAACAAUUAAGUGAGUCUCAUCGUAAAAGUGUUAUUUCAAUAUUAUCUGAAAUGAAAAACUUAGUUGGAAAAUUAAAAGAGUCAAUUAAUUGUAUUCAGUUGAUCAAUAAUGAACUAGCCACAAUGUAUUCUUCAGGAAGUUCUAUUAUUCAAGUUGAAGUAAAGUCAUUUAUUGAUUCAACAGAAGGCUUAUCAAUGAAGUCAUUACCAAUGCUUGAAAAUGAAAUUGAGUGUUGUGAGACAUAUUACAAAGAUUUAUCUAAGAAAUUUUCUCAUUAUAGGAGUAAUAAUUAUCAAGAUUAUUAUGAACAAAGAUUUGAUGUUAUAGACCCAUGUAUUCUUCUCUAUAUGAAACUUGUUAUUGGUUUAACAGGAGAGAAAAUUGGUUCAUUCAAAAAGUUAUUAUAUGAUGCUGUUCAAGAUGGUCUUUCUAUUCAUAAAUCAUACACAUUAUUAGCAUCAUUUAAAUCCAUAUGUGAAAACAGAGUUGGUAGUCUAUAUUUAGAAAAGUGUCUUACAGAUAUUGGAGAAGAAAGAAAUAUUCAAUUUUUUAGACAAGCAAUGUUAUAUAAUAAUAUUACAUCACCAGAUGUAAAAGAAUGGGUUGCAAAAGAUAUAUAUGAAACAUUUAUUUGUACAGGAAGUAAUAAAGAAUUACAAAUAAGUCAAGCAAUAAAAAAAGAUAUAACAAAUAAUUAUGCAGAAGCAAAAUAUGAAAAUUUGUUUAAUGAAGCAAAAAAUGAUAUUUUUGAAUUAAUGGAACGUAAAGACUUCUUUGACUUAUUUAAACAAUCAUCAUAUUUUAAAGAUUUAACUCAUCGUCUUACAGCUCUUGAUGAUAAACAAUUACUUUCUAAAGAUAUAGAAAUGGCACUAAAGAGUUCAAUGAAUGAUGAAAUAUAUGUUGAUGUAGCAAAAUAUCUUAUUCCUUAUAACUUAGUUGGGUUUACUGAUGAAUUUGUAACAUGUGGAUACACUGCACCAACAUUAAUGGGAAUUAUUAGUGAUAAAGAGAUUCAACGAUUUGCAACAAAUUCAGCUGAUGUUAAAAGGUUACAAGAAUUUUGUCAAUUGGCUCAAAAUAGUAUGAUUGAAAAAUCAAAAACAUUAACAAAAGAAGCAAUUACAAAAGUAAGGUCAAUUCAAAACAAUUUUAUUAAAUAUGUGGAAAGUAAUAAUGAAAAUGUUAAAAAUACAUUAUCAUUCAUUGAGUAUAUUCAAACUACACCUGAAGAUAAAAUGACAAUUUCACAAAUUCUAUCUCGUUCUGAAAUGGCUUUUAUUGAAUUAAAAGCAAAACAUCAUGUUGCAUAUAGAUUGUUAAAGAAAUGUGAUUCUGUUCAAGAAAUGCAACCAAUUCUUAUUCAAUGUCAAAAUGCAUUAAUUAGUAUUCUUGUAGAUGAACAUUUAGAGGAAUAUAAUAAAUCUUUAUUUUGGAAACCUCAAUUUAAGAAAACACCUAAACGUUCUGAACGUUCUUCAAGAAGUAAAAUGUCUAGAACACCAGAUUUGGUUCAAUUAAAUACUUCGUUCUCUCCUUCAAGAAGAGCAUUUACUCCCAGAGUUGAUAGAAUGGAAGUGCUUCCAUCUCCAAGAAAUUUAGAAGAAGGAAGUAAGAGAGGUAAGUUAUUAGCAUGUAUAUCUCAAAGUGAAAAUGAUCUUAGACUAACACUUGAACACUAUUCCAAAACAUUUAAUCAACCAGAAAAACAAGAAAAUAAAAUUGAAGAAAUUAGUGAAUUUAUUAAAAAUAAUAUUCAACCUAAAUUAACAUUAAUGAAGGAAAAUCUUUGUUCAAUUAAAUCAAAUGAAGAAUAUGACAAAUAUAAACCAACAAUUGAAAUGUUGGAUAAUUACAUAUCCUUUAUUGGAGAUGAAAUUAUUUAUCCUCAAAAACCUAAAAUAUUUAUUGUUAAAACUAAUGACUUAACAUUAAAAGAUGUUUUAAUAAAUAAUUUAAACAAGUUAGACACUAUUGAAGUUAGUCUCAAUUGUAUUCUUCAAAAACUUUCUUCAUUAGCAACUAACUUAAGAAAAGGAUCUACAACAAUAAUGAAAUAUGCAAAUAUGAUUCAACAUUUCUCCAUGUCAUUUUAA